AUGGUGUCUGCUUCCAAAGCCGCUCGUUUGGCAAAGCGUGCCGAUGGCGACUCCAAGAAGAAGCUCGGCAAGGGAAAGAAGAGCGGUACUGAGUCCCCCCAGGUCGACAGUGACGUCCCGGCCGAUGAUCAGCCCGCCACCACGACCGAGAAGAUGAAGGAGGUUGAGAAGCUUACAGCACAGAUGGACAAGCAUGGCCUUUCGGAUCGUGUCACGACCGGUGUGCUCUCUUCCAUGGAAUCCUCUCGCGACGUCAAGGUCACCUCCGCUUCCCUGGUGUUCCACGGCAAGGUCCUUAUCACCGACUCUACUCUCGAACUGAACUUCGGUCGUCGUUACGGUCUUCUGGGUGAGAACGGCUGUGGCAAAUCCACUCUGCUGAAGGCUAUCGCCCAUCGUGAAUACCCUAUCCCCGAGCAUAUCGAUAUCUACCUGCUGAAUGAAGGUGCCCCUCCUACUGAGCUUGGUGCCCUGGAGUGGGUCGUCACUGAGGCCCAGAACCAGCUUGACCGGAUGGAGAAGCAGGCUGAAGAUAUCCUGGAAGAGCAAGGUCCUGACAGCCCUAUCCUCGAGGAUCUGUAUGAUCGUAUGGACAAAAUGGAUCCCUCCACUUUCCACACUCGUGCUUCCUUGAUCUUGACUGGUCUGGGAUUCAACAAAGUUACCAUCAACAAGAAGACCAAGGACAUGUCCGGUGGUUGGCGUAUGCGUGUGGCUCUUGCCAAGGCUCUGUUCGUCAAGCCUUCCCUGCUUCUGCUGGACGACCCUACUGCUCACUUGGAUCUCGAGGCCUGUGUGUGGUUGGAAGAAUACCUGAAGAAGUGGGAGCGCACCCUCGUCCUGGUUUCCCACUCCAUGGACUUCUUGAACGGUGUCUGUACCAACAUGAUUGAUAUGCGCAUGAAGCAGCUCCUGUACUACGGUGGUAAUUACGAUUCUUACCACAAGACCCGUAGCGAACAGGAGACGAACCAGAUGAAGGCAUACAAUAAGCAGCAGGAAGAAAUUGCCCACAUCAAGAAGUUCAUCGCUUCCGCCGGUACAUAUGCCAACUUGGUUAGACAGGCCAAGUCGCGUCAGAAGAUCCUCGACAAGAUGGAGGCCGAUGGUUUCAUCCAGCCCGUUAUCCCCGACAGAAUCUUCAGCUUCCGCUUUGCCGAAGUUGAGAAGCUUCCCCCUCCCGUCCUGUCCUUCGAUGAUGUCAGCUUCUCCUACUCCGGCAGCUGGGAGGAUACCCUGUAUGAGCACCUUGACUUCGGUGUCGACAUGGAUUCCAGAACUGCUCUGGUCGGCCCCAACGGUGUCGGCAAGUCCACUCUGCUGCGCAUCAUGACCGGAAAGCUGCAACCCAUUGGUGGUCGUGUCAGCCGUCACACUCACUUGAAGUUGGGCAUGUACAGUCAGCACUCUGCCGAGCAGCUCGAUCUGACCAAGUCGUCUCUUGACUUCGUCCGCGACAAGUUCCCCGAGAAGAGUCAGGACUACCAGUACUGGCGUCAACAGCUCGGCCGUUAUGGUCUGAGCGGUGAGUCUCAGACUGCUCUGAUGGGCACUCUGUCUGAGGGUCAGAAGAGCCGUAUCGUGUUCGCUCUGUUGGCCAUUGAAUCCCCGAACAUGAUCCUUCUCGACGAACCUACUAACGGUCUCGAUAUCCCCACCAUUGACAGUCUGGCUGAUGCCAUCAACGCCUACAGCGGUGGUGUCGUUGUCGUGUCCCACGACUUCCGUCUCCUCGACAAGAUCGCCAAGGACAUCAUGGUCUGUGAGAACAAGACCGUUACCCGGUGGGAUGGUACUAUCGGCCAGUACAAGGACCACCUGCGCAAGAAGAUGAUUGACGCCGGUGCUGUCUAA